AUGUUAAGAAAAUGCGAAAAAUAUCCAGAUCUCGAAAACUUUGUUAAAUAUGAAUUCUAUCUCAAAUAUUUCAAUGAAAACUUCAAUCUUAGAUUUGGAAGACCACAGGUUGACGCAUGCUCGGAGUGUGAACGAUAUGGUACGAGACUUAAAGACGCUAACCUUAAUGAGAACGCAAAGCGAGAAACUGCUGCAGAAUUAAUGGUCCAUAAAAGACGGGCAAAGAAAUUUUAUAACAAAAUCAAACAAGUGCAAGCUUUGUGUUCGGAACAACCAGAAGUAAUGGGGCUUGCUUUUGAUUACAUGCAAAAUAUGCCACUACCGCAUAUUCCUGUCCAAGAUAUUUUUUAUUUGAGACAGCUCUGGGUAUUUGCAUUCCAAAUCCACAAUCUUAAAGACAAUAAUGGUCAUUUCUAUACCUAUCAUGAGGGGCUAGGUCAAAAAGGGCCUAAUGAAGUAUGCACGUUCCUUAACGACUACAUAAUGAAUCAUGUACCUUCCAAUAUUACUGAGCUUCACUUGUUUUCUGAUGGAUGUGCAGGGCAGAACCGAAACCAAACUAUGGUCCGUUUUCUCCUAGGAUUACAAGCAACUAAGAGAUUCACUAAAAUAUAUCAUUACUUCCCGAUAAGAGGACAUUCGUUCUUACCCUGCGACCGGGAUUUUGGCUGCGCAAAACGGAAUUUCAGAAAAAAUGAUAGAAUCUAUACUCCAGAAGAAUAUGAAGACUUGAUAGUAACUUCCAGAAAGAAGCAACCAUUCACUGUAAAACAAAUAAGAUAA